AAGAAGAGGAAGAGGCUCCGUCCAAAAUGAUGGUGGAGGUGAUGGAGUUGCCCAAGUCGCGUAUCAACGCCAGCAUGCUAGCCCAGUCCAUCGACCGGCCCAUCUGCUUCGUAGGGAGGCUGGAAAAGAUUCAUCCCACUGGAAAAAUGUUUAUUCUUUCAGAUGGAGAAGGGAAAAGUGCAACCAUUGAGCUGAUGGAGCCUCUUGAUGAAGAAAUCUCUGGAAUCGUGGAAGUAGUUGGAAGAGUAACAUCCAAGGCAACCAUUAUGUGCUCAGCUUAUGUCCAGUUUAAAGAAGAUAACCAUCCUUUUGAUCUUGGACUUUACAAUGAAGCUGUGAAAAUUAUCCAUGAGUUCCCUCAGUUUUUUCCUUUGGGGGUUAUGCAAUAUGAUUGAUCUUAAUUGCAAAUGAGCUGCACUGAAGACUGUGAAAGGAGAUCCCUGAUAUUUGAGGGAUAGAUUCUUGUUACUUUUAAUAUUUAAUUUGUUCUCUUUGUAAUUUCAUUUACCUAACUUUAUUAGAUA